AUGUUUGAAGAUUCAAAUAAGUUAUAUGUUGAAAUCACUGGCUAUAUCUCAAUAUUUUGUUGGGUUGUAGUAUUAAUGCCACAAUUAUAUACAAACUAUAAACGAAAGUCUAGCGAUUCGCUAUCUCUCGUUUUCCUAUUUAUAUGGCUUGCCGGAGAUGCUCUAAAUCUACUUGGUUGUAUAUUACAAGGCCUAUUACCAACAAUGAUAAUUCUUGCCAGUUAUUAUGUUUUUUCCGAUUUUGUUUUGCUAUUUCAAGUAUUCUAUUAUCGGAACAAACAACCAAUUGAAGAAGAUGUAAGCACUUCUACAAUAUUAGAAGAAACAUCACCACUUUUACAAGAAAACUUGUCAUCAUUAUCAGCAGGACAUGGCAAAAGAGUUAAAAAAGUUAUGUUUGCUUUUGCUUUGUUUAUCGCUUGCUUUAUUGGAGUCACCAUUUACUACAUUUCUUCUCGUUCACAACAAAUCAGUAAUGGUGGUGAUAGUAAUAUUUUGAAUGCCUCAGAAAUUAGUAUUCUAUCACAACUCUUUGGUUGGGCAAGUGCUAUACUUUAUUUGAGUUCAAGAAUACCUCAAAUCAAGAUGAAUUUUGACUCAAAAUCAACAGAAGGCUUAUCAUUUGUAAUGUUUUUUUUUAGUGUAAUGGGUAAUGUUUUUUAUUGUUUGUCAAUAUUUCUCUAUUCAACAGAUUAUGACUAUUUAUUAGAGAAUUUACCUUGGAUUGUCGGAAGUGGAGGAACAUUGGGUUUUGAUUUUAUAAUAUUUGCUCAAUUCUAUUUGUAUAGGAAUAAAAAUGGCAUUAAUAAUGUUCAAAAUUCAUCAAACACAGCAUUUCCUUAA